AUGGCCGCGCCUGCCCCUGACGCCGAGCCUGAGCCUUGGUGCUUCUACCCCGGCCAGCCAUGCUGGAAGAAGGCCAAGCGUGAGGCUCUCCCCGAGCCCAAGGCUGAACCUGUCGCUGAGGCAAAAGCCAGCCCUUGGUGUUUCUACCCAGGACAGCCUUGCUGGAAGAAGGCUAAGCGUGAUGCUGAUGCCGACGCUGAAGCCAAGCCCUGGUGCUUCUAUCCUGGCCAGCCCUGCUGGAAGGUCAAGCGUGCAGCUGAAGCCUUCUCCGAGGUCCUCCAGGUCUCUGGAAAUGAAGCUCGAUCCGCCGAUGCUGAUGCUGAAGCUGAUCUGAGCAACCUGGCCGGCGGCGCUGCCUUCAGGGCCAAGCGCGAGAUCCACGAGCUCGCCAACGUCAUCUCCCUCGCCACCAGAGACGACUCCGGAAACUACUACCGCAGCCUCAACCUCGAGAGAGCCUUCCCCGCCGACAGCGACCCCAAGGCCAAGCGCGACGCCGAACCCUGGUGCAUUUACCCAGGCCAGCCAUGCUGGAAGAACAAGCGCAACGCCAGCCCCGAAGCCAAGGCCAAGGCCGAAGCCGCCGAGCAAAAGGACAAGCGCUGGUGCUUCUACCCCGGACAGCCCUGCUGGAAGGCCAAGCGCGCUGCUGAUGCCGUCGUCGAGGCCCUCGGUGACGACGAAGAGGCCGAGGCUCCUCAGACUCCCAACUACCGUCCCACCCCCUGGGGCUUCUUCCCCGGACAGUCUCAGUGGAACCACUCCAAGCGCGACGACAAGCAGGUCGACAAGCGAUGGUGCUUCUACCCCGGUCAGCCUUGCUGGAAGGCCAAGCGAGAUAUCGACGCCAUCCGCACUGCUGCCCGCAGCAUCACCGAGGCAUAA